GAUAGUUCGCAGCAACUUCCAGCUCCCGCCUCUUGCCACACCAGCACUGGGCUAUAGUUUCCCCACGCUGAGAAAUAAAAGCGAUUUCACAACCAGCCGGUUCCACUGCAACCCGUUUGGGACAAGGCGGCCUCAAGGUGUGUGGGAUCUCUCUCAGUCCUUACACCUCCGCAGGGCUGCGGAAUCGGAGCUUUACUCAAGCGUUUGCUUCUGUUUUCCUGUGUUAGUGUGGAGGUAUUUCAGCGGCUUGCACAUUCCGGGGAUUCCCUGCUCGAACCCAAAUCAGGAUUAGAGUGGCACACUCACUGGGUGCUGGGCUGGAGCAGCAAGUAGAUGAUGUCCAGAAAGAAAAGGAUGUCAAAUGAUGUGUGGCUUGAUGACGAAGUGGAUCCUGAUGCUGGAGAGACUACCCAGGACUUCAGAGCGAAUCCCAAUGAACAUAACAGUCUACAUGAGACUCUGGAAAAAGCUCGCGAACUCUUCCAGCUUUGUGACAAAGAGGAGAAGGGCUUCAUUACCAAGAGGGACAUGCAGAGAUUGCAGAAUGAGUUACCCCUGACUCCAGAGCAAUUGGAAGAUGUCUUCAACAGCUUGGACCAGGAUAAGAAUGGCUAUUUAACACCAGUAGAAUUCAGCAUGGGCCUUGGGAAGUUCAUUGGCAUCAAGGUGUUGCCAACAGCAGAGAGGCUAGAAAAAUCCAAGCACGACGAAACGUUUGAAUCUGGCUGGUCGGAAGACCUGGAUAUUGUCGCAGAUGUGGAAGAGAAGCGAUUUUGUUUCAUGAUGGAGCAGCUUGGAGCUUCACAGAUCUUUGAGGAUCAAAGUGAGGUAAGGGAGUUGUGGGCCAGGCUCCGCAGAGGGAAGCCUGAGCUGCUGGCUAACUUUGAACAGUUCUUAGCCAAGGUUUCAACACACAUCCAGGAGAUGCAACAGGAGAAGGAGACCAUGGAACAUGCACUGAAACGGAAAGAGUGUGAACAUGACAGAGAGGUACGUUGCCUGUAUGAGGAAAUGGAGCAGCAGAUUAAGAGAGAGAAAGAAAAGUUAUUGAGUCAGGAUGUGUGGAAGCACAAUGAACGGAACCAGCAGCUGGAAAGGGAACUGAAGAGUAAGGAGCAGGACUUGGAAAAUAUCAUUCUACAGCAAAAGAAGCUGGAGCAACAAUUCGAGGAGUUUAACUGUGAGCAGACAGAUGUCAGGAUGCAGAAUGAGAGACUGAGGCGCAUGAAUGAGGAGUUGCAGGAACAGCUGGAUAGGACUAAGCAGGACUUGGACACCAUGCGCUAUCACCUCCAGAUUCUUCAAGAAGAGGCGCGGAAUGAACAUCAGAAGAAAGCCAGGGAUGUUCUGAAGGUGUCAAAGAAUAUGCAAAAGGAGAGAGAAAGUCUUUUGAGACAGCUGGAGCUGCUCAGGGAGAUGAACAAGAAGCUCCGAGAUGAGAAGGAUGCCCAUGAAGCCAAGAAGCUGGUUAGUCUCAAAAAGCAACUUGUAAUGCCCAAGCAUAGCAAUUGCUGCUGCUGCUGUUGCUGUUGCUGUGGCUGUCACCAGCACAUGGACCCAUACACUACUCCCUGGGGCCACUCAUUUAACAAAGAAAUAAGCUGCUGUGGUGAAGAAAGAUUCAAUUAUAUUAUUACAGGCCGUCCCUUGAGUUCCCCCAGAAAAAAGCCUCUGUUGAAGAGAGGUUCAGUGAUAGGGAAUUACCUGGUGGAAGAUAAACCAGUCAAACGGCAGCUUGUCACUGCAGAUCUAUCUCUCGUCACCGCAGAAGUGACCUCAGAGCCCAGCAAGAAGAACUGUAAAUAUGUAUCAGAUGGGAUGGGUGCAAGAGAGGCUGGUGAUGAAGGGCUGUGCAGUCCGACAUCAACAGAGGACGAAAGGCUGCCAGAUGAGGCUGCAGGCUGUGAGGUAGCUGGACUACCUGUACAGACCUCGGGAGAGGAAGAUGAAGCUCCACUUUCACCCCGAGGCCAGCCGAUUGGCACUGAAACAUUGGAGUCUGAGCCAGCGAGCUCUUCCCCUGAUAGAAUGUUUAAAGUGGUAUUUAUUGGGAAUUCUGGUGUUGGGAAAAGCUCGUUUAUUCAUCGAUUCUGCUAUGACAGAUUUCUCACCGAAACUAAUGCCACUAUUGGCAUUGAUUUCCAAGUGAAGAGUUUGGUUGUGGACAAUACACGAGUGGCGCUCCAGCUGUGGGACACUGCAGGCCAAGAAAGGUUUCGUAGCAUAUCCAAGCAGUAUUUCCGCAAAGCAGAUGGUGUGCUGGUGAUGUACGACGUUACGUCUGAGGUCUCCUUCACAGCCGUCAGGAACUGGAUGGCCAGUGUCCAGGAAGGAAUUGAUGAAAGGGCAGUUAUUUGUCUACUUGGCAACAAAAUUGAUGUUCUGAACUCUGAAACACAACGGGUGUCAAAAGCAGAAAGUGAACGACUAGCAAAGGAGUACAACGCGGUCUUCUAUGAAUGCAGUGCCAGAUCAGGAUACAAUAUAAUGGAACCACUGAUGCAUGUAGCAAGAUUAUUAAGCGAACAAGAAGACAAACAGAGAGAAGAUGCCUUGCAUUUAGAUGAUGUCUGUGACAAGAAAAAAGGCUGCUGCAAAUGAAAAUGAACAAAGAAGCACCACUGCCUGAUAAAUCAGAUGCUUGAAUGUAUUUAUGGUCUCAUUAGACAUUUCUGAGCUACAAGAACUUGAUCUCAAUGUUUUACCAGAUUUGCCUUUAGAACCACUUUUCUCUCUAACUCUUGUUUUUGUUUCUAGUGUCUCAUAAGUUUCUAGAUCAUGGAGUAAACCCUAACAAUAGGUAAUUGAUAGAGUUUUAUGUAAGCACUGUAAUUUUAGAAUGAAUGCAAGUGUGUAUUGCUAAGCUAUGGCAGCAUUAACAAAAUGCAUUGCCUAUUCUUGUACUUGACAUUUCAUGUAGCACUUGCCCAUUAUAAUGAGCCACAUUCUGUUGUGAAGAGCAGAUGCAAUUUUGAAGUACACACUAAAUGAGGAUGCCAAGCAAUCCUAUGGAUAGGUUUGCUGAAGUAUCAAUUUGCUGCGCAAAUAUAUGUCUACAGGCUUCUUAAGAUAUCAAGAUGGUUCUGUAUAAAGCAUCCAAUGCAGAGUACUUCAUGUAGUUCUUUCCAUUGGUCAAGUAGAAAGUAUAUUUCCAGAACAAUUUUUAAAGAUGAAAUCCAUAUAAAGUGAACAAAGUGCAAAAUUAAUUCUACAAAAUCACUUGUUUAUAUUGAACUCUGCUUAAAACCUUGGAGACUCCAGAAAACUGUAUUUUUAUAAAAAGGUUAACAUCAAAUUCUGUCAUAUGUUCCACCCAACUUUAAUGGUCAAGACCUUGCGCACAACAUGAGGGCAUUGUUCAAAUGUCUUUGAAAUUGGAUUUAUAUUAUACUUUAUCUGGAAAUUCUUUAUUAUUACUUAGAAUUACAAAGGUAAAUGAAAUGGGUGGAGGAUUCAGAGGGAAUUGGUUCAUCUAAAGUAAUCAGUUUAUUCUUUUGAAAGAUUUUUAAAAUUUUCCUCAAGGGUAUCUCACUAAUAGCAUUUCAAAGCAAACAAAAUUAAAAUAGUGAUACUAUUUGAAACUAUUUUGUUACAAGCAGACUGAAUAUUUUAUAAUAUGUAUUGUUUCUGGAUUCUGCACCAAUUGAUAGCCAUGCAUAUAAGGCAUCGAAGGAUAUGGGCCUAAUGCGGACAAAUGGGAUCAGUGUAGGUGAGCAAAAAGAUUGGCGUGGACGUGAUGAGCAGAAGGAUCUGUUUCUGUGCUGUACAAAUAUGACUCUGUGACUAUUAUCUUCCACUUGCUGGGAGGCUAUAGGCCCACGCCUAAUUCCUCUACCUUCAUGUUAAUAGGUUGGGUUUAUUUAAGUACUUUUUAACAUGUCCAGAGUAAAAGUACAAGCAGGUUUUGAUUCAGCAACUCUACAAAAACAAAAUGCUAUGUAAGACAGCAAAAUACUCAGGAUGUUUGAAAUCUUAAACACAAACAGAACUUGCUGGAAAUAUUAAGCAGAUCAGGCAACAUUUUGUAAGUGUUAAUGUUACAUGUUUAAGGAGAACCUUUCAUCAGAAGUUAACUCUAAAAUGUAAGCUUUGUUUUGCUUGCCUCAGUUUCCCAAUCCACUGUGUUUUGAUUUUUAAUCUUUUGUGUGUCAAUGAGUAGAUGUCCAGAAGUUGUGUAUAAAAUAUUUUCCUCCCCUUAGACACGUAAUGAUUUUUGUUUUAAUAGAAAUUGAGCCAUCAUUCCUAUCUGUUCAGGUAUUUAUUUCUGCCAACAUAUAUUUGGUGAACAAACAUUCAUUUGUACAAUUUCAGAUGUGUUGGUUGUCGCUGUCAGCGUACUUGUGAUGAUCCUUGUCAUUUACAAAGAACUUGCAUUUAUUAAGCAACUUAUCAAUCCUGGGGAGCCCUCAAAACCAUGUUACAUUUGCAACUUUUUUUUCUUUCAGAUGCAGUGACUGUUGCUAGUGUAGACAAAACUGUAAUGUGGAAGAACCUUAGGAUAUUUUAUAGGGAAGCCUUUUCAUUUUAAAUUUUAAGUUUGAAAUAGGUUGUGAUAUCUGGAUAACAAUAGUUUCAUGAUUUUAGGUCUAUGUUUUGAUAGAAUUUCAUAAAAUGCUUUGCAUCUUUUUUUACUUUCUUUCCUGCUUCUAUUAAAAUUGCACAAUAAUGCAUUCAUUGAACUUAAGUGAUCUGUCUGGCUGACUAAGAGAUGUGAAACAUUAAAUAUUUCUUCCAACUCUCUCCUGGUGCGCCAAAGCUAUUGACUUUAGCUGGGGCAUGGUCCCAUUCUUUUUCUUUUCAUUCAUGGCGGCACGGUAGCGUAGCGGUUAGCGCGACGCUAUUACAGCGCCAGUGAUCGGGGUUUGAUUCCUGCCGCUGUCUGUAAGGAGUUUGUACGUUCUCCCGUGUCUGCGUGGGUUUCCUCCGGGCGCUCCGGUUUCCUCCCACAUUGCAAAAAAAAAAGACGUACGAGUAAGUUAAUUUGGGUUUAAAAUGGAUGGUGUGGAGUUUGGGCCGGAAGGGCCUGUUACCACACUGUAAAUAAAAUUAGAAAAAAAUUAUUGGCAGGGCUGACAAUUGUCAGCUCUUUAGAUGCUCUAGAAAUGAUGGUGGAUGUUUAUCUGAACUGCUGCAAUAAUGUGCUGAAAGUUACCUUUUAAUAUCACUGAUUGGCUUUUUGGGCACUUCAGGUUUUGGGAUCAAAUUGUUGCUGUGGUACUAAAGGUGCAUGUAGAUCAGGUUAGAUAAGGAAUGUAGUUAAGGGCUUGGAAAGGCUUUUAUUGACCUCUUCAUGGUAACUUCUAAUGAACUAAGUUUCCAGAUUUUUUUUUAAAAAAGACUGAAUUCAUUGUAUAAUGGACUGCUUGUGUCUCAGAAUGCCAAUUAAUAGUAGCCUUGCUUCUGAGUCAGAAGUUAAUGAUUUUGUUUUAAAUUUAUUCUUUCACCUAAUGUGGAUGUCACUAAUAAAGGUGAGAACAAACCACAACUGCACAUUUCAGGUAUUUAACAGUCACAGUGGUGAUUUUUGAAGUUAUGUAGGCUGGACCAGAUAAGAUUUACUUCCCUUAAAGGCAUUAAUAAACCAGAAGGGUUUUUUUCUACACAAAAAUGCAUUGCUUCAAUAUUUUGAAUACUAGUUCUUUAAUUUUAAAUUUAGUUUAUUAACUUGAUUUUAAAUUCUCCAGUUGCCAUGAUGAAUUUGAACCUCUGGAUCAACAGCCCAGGUCUGGAAACUAAUCUAGAAACUUGACUACAAUGCUACCAACUCCCACUGCUAAGCUACCUUUCCACACUGGAGGACUUAAUUUCACCUCGCCAGCCUAGAUUAAGUAAAUAGUAAUAUUCUGUUGUGGCAGAUCUGUAAGAUCUCUUCGUAAGACCCACGAACCUGACACGAUAUCUGUAAGAUCUCUUCGUAAUAUGAAGCAGUUAUUGGCCAACAGUUUCCUUAAUUAAUAUUUCAAAAACAGAUUUUCAUAAUAACAUUAUUUGACGGUACUUUCCAUUAAUCUCCUUUGCUGUUUGUUUGGCUCUUGCAAUCUUCGUACAGAUGCAUCAAGGUCCAAAUAAAUACAAGUUCUUUUAUUUGCAACAGUAUUUGUUAGAUUGGGAUAGUAGUAAAAAUAUCAUCAAUGGAUUCUUGUUUGUUUUAGUACAGUUUGUCUAGGGCUUUGUUCAUGUUAAAAUAAUUUUAUUAAAAAAUUAGCCAAGUAAUAAAAGGUAUUACUUAAAACAUUGUCUCAGAACUGGUAUUUUAAUCCUUGGAGCUUGCCCCAUGUAGAUUAAUUCAUCAAAGAAUUACAUUUACAAACUUUGGUCACAAUUUUCUUUGUUUUUGUCCACAGUACAUUGGUAAUUCAUUUCUUCCUAUAUCCCAUCCCCACAACUACCCCAUAGUUUUUAUACAAGCUGAGUUGCAUUUGUGUGUGCGAAAACAGUCAUCCCAGUUGCUGGAAAUCUGAAAUAAAAAAACUGAAAAUAUUGACGGGUCUGCAGCCAGAAACGUUAACUGUUUUGCUUUCUACAGAUGCUGCCUGACCUGCUGAGAGUUUCCAAGAUAUUUCUGCUUUUUAAUCUCAGAUAUAGUUAAAAAAAUAUUAAGCAAGGAAAAUAACUAAUCAGCAGACCCCCCUGCUUUUAUUACUGGCCAACACCCUUUAAUAUUUCAAAAACAGAUUUCCAACUGUUUUACCAGUUAUUAGAGGACUAUUUUUCAGUUUCUCUCCUUUUCUUUAAUCAAAACCAUUAAUUAUAAUUGUUCUGCCUGCAGUAAUCACGACACAAGGAACAAUGCACACUGCUAUUUGGACACGAGGAAAAAUUCACAGUGUAAUGAUAGAAUGAGCAAUUAUGUACAGCCUGGCUGUAUAUGAACAGCUUGUUGAUAUUUAGUAUCCAGAUUCCACUGAAGACUACAGCCCCUGCAAAAAUCUGUUAAUUCCAAUGUGAUAAAACAAACAUUCUUUUGUUACCAAUGAAGGUCUGCAUGUCCAUCAACAAGGAUGUUGUUUUAU